CCGCCGUCCUCCUCCUUCGAGCCACAAUCACCCACCACUCCCGCCUAUCUCCGCACUGCUUCCCGACGGCGGCGGCGCCGCUCCAGAUCUACUGCCAAGCGCGUCCCUUCCUUCCCCAGCUACUCUCGCUGAAGGCCGCCUACGGAGCAACCGGGCUCCACAUCAUCGAGCGGGAACCGGCCGCCGCCGCCACGCCCGGGGGCCGCGGGCGCACCGCCUCCUGCACAUCUACGCCGGGGAGGAGCCCGCCCUCGCCCUGCCCGCGCGCAAGCUGCAAGGCUAUAGUUUCCCAUAAAUAACUAGAUGGCUCAAGCUGCAAGGCUGAAUCUAAGAAUGCAGAAAGAGAUUAAACUUCUGCUUAGUGAUCCACCUCCUGGGGUUUCUCUUAAUCUGUCUGAAGAGGAAAGUGCCUUGACGUCUUUAUCGAGCAUUGAGACCAGAAUUGAGGGGCCUGAGGGAACAGUUUAUUCAAAAGGAGUUUUCGUUCUGAAGAUCCAGAUUCCUGAGAGAUAUCCUUUUCAACCUCCUAAUGUGACUUUUGUUACUCCCAUCUAUCACCCCAACAUCGACAAUGGAGGACGCAUUUGCCUUGAUAUUCUAAAUUUACCUCCAAAGGGUGCCUGGCAACCAUCACUCAACAUUUCUACUGUUUUGAGAAGCAUUGGUUUGCUGCUAACUGAGCCAAAUCCUGAUGACGGGCUCAUGGCUGAAAUAAGUCGAGAGUACAAAUACAACAGACAAGUUUUUGACAUAAAUGCUCAAUUAUGGACUGAGAAGUAUGCUAAUCCUGCAGUAGUUGGCACAAGUGGUUGGAGCUCUUUAGAUGCUUCAGUUCAGGCACAGAACAUGCAAAUGGAGAACGCACAGAACCUGGAACCUUUGCUUGAAGUUCCUAACAAAGAUUGUGAAGGGAGUCGAAAGAAGAUGCGGUUACUGGGUAAAAAGUUAUCUCUAAAAUCAGAAGGAUCUGAAAAGAAUGCCAGCACUCUUAAGCAGGAUGCGGUGGCAGGCCACAUACGAUCGACGGCAGCAUCCACUGUUCCUAAUACAUGCUUGUCUCAUGUUUCUGUCAGACAGAAUGCUACUUCCAAAAGCAUUUCUGCCAGUGCCGAUAGUGGAGUAAUUUCAAAGAAACAAUACGAAGUAAAUAGAGCGAACUUCCAGUUACAUGGACGGAGACCUUCUGUUACAUUAGAGGCUCCAAACCAAAGGAGCAGUGGCAGUGUGGAAGGUAAGCUCCCCAAUCAUCUUCCAGUAUCAGCAUCCAAUACGAAAGAUCAUGUCAAGCAAUGUUCUGAUGAUGUCUUAGUGAAGAGUAUGACAAAAAGCAUUGGUGAAUCAUCAGAUAAUGUGUAUAAAUCAUCAGAAGGCCAUAGAACAACUGUUGGGUCACUUCAUCAGACGAUGCAACUGAAAUUGGCAAAGCCUGAAAGCAAGAGCAAUGAUCGGAAUGAAUAUGUGGCUCCAGAUCAUCUUCCUUCAGUGUCAGGUUUUAAUAAUCUGCACAAAAGGUCCUCAGAUGUUUCAAAGGAAAUUUCUAUUGGAUGUGCUGACCUGGUUCAAGAUAAUUCUCAUACCGAGCAUGUACUUCCUAAAACCCAGUCGGUAAUACAUAAAGAAUACAAUCAAGGUCGAAAGAAGCUGAGCUUACUAAGUAAGAGGCUGUCACUGAAAUCUGAGCUGCCUGAGAUGGGCAGGACAAUUGACAAGGGUUAUAAGCCAGCUAAUUGUUCACAGGAUGAUAGGAAGCCUAGUGAACUGCCAUUGUCAGGUCCAGUUGCCAUAAGCCGAACCAGGGACCUGGGCUUUGUUGAUUCACAGAAAAGUGUCAGCCAAAGCAAUCGUCCCGUCAAACAGAAUGCAACAUCGAUGAAAAAUGUUGUUUCAGACAGUGAAGAUAGUGCAGACGAAUGUCAGGUCAUUGAACCAGGCCUUGUUCAAUCACACAAAAGUGUCAGCCAAAGCAAUUGUUCCACCAAACAAAAUGUAAAGCUGAUGGAGAUUGUUUCAGAUAGCGAAGAUAGCGCAGAUGAACAUGAAAAAGGACCUUCAAGAUCAAGGUUAUCGUUGAUGAAGAGACGGUUGGCUGGAAAGCUUCGAAGUUGAUUCCAUCCGAUAAACGUGACUUCAUUGGAUGCUGUCAUGUAGAGGCUUUGAAGAUGAAGAUGUCCCAUUAGUAAUCAGGGUGUUUUGGGGCAGCUCGUGCACGUUUUGAUGUUCAUAUUGCCUUAUGAUGUGGCGACUGUUGUGGUUGUGUUAACAGCUAGUCUCAUUGGAAGCAACUCUGUUUCUAUGUUUUUAUCCCUGGUUACGAUGUAAAAAGAAACAAGCAAGAAAGCAAAGAUGCUUUCUUUUUAUCUAAUGUGAUGCUUACUUUCUUUCUUAAAA